UGCUACCAAAAUUUCGCAGAUGUCUAUGAAUUUCUGUACUCUGAGCUGAGCGGCAACUGAAGCAUAGAAACUGCAAUUCAUUGUAAGCCGAGCCGAAUCGAAGCGUGCAAAAAGCAUUACUUGAAGCUUACUAAUUGGAAUUUAAUUAAUGUAUUAAUAUCAAAUUUUUGCAAUCUGCAUCAUAAAUCAAAACCUCGAAAAUGUCUGAAAGUGCUGGUAACUGGUGUUUGAUCGAAAGUGAUCCAGGCGUAUUCUCAGAGUUGAUCAGAGAAUUUGGUGUAAAAGGCGUACAAGUUGAGGAAUUGUGGAGUUUAGAUGGGGAUCAGUUCGAUAACUUGAAACCUGUCCAUGGACUAAUAUUCUUGUUCAAAUGGACCAAAGAUGAUGAUCCCUCUGGUUCCAUCGUAGAAGAUAAUAGGUUAGAUAAAAUAUUCUUUGCAAAGCAAGUUAUCGAUAAUGCUUGCGCUACUCAAGCAAUACUCAGCAUCUUACUCAACUGUCGUCAUCCAGAUGUGAAAUUGGGCCAUACUCUUACUGAACUUAAAGAUUUUUGCCAAGGUUUUGAUGCAAAUAUGAAAGGAUUGACAAUUAGUAAUUCUCCAGUGAUUCGCACAGUACAUAAUUCAUUUGCAAGGCAGCAGCUAUUUGAAUUUGAUAAUUCAUCAAAUAGUAAGACAGAAGAUGCAUUUCAUUUUGUGGGAUAUGUACCUAUUGAUGGACGAUUAUAUGAGUUAGAUGGCUUGAAACCAGGACCUAUAGAUUUAGGAGUUAUACCAACAGAGACUGAAUGGACUGAUAUAGUGAGACCUAUCAUAGAAAAAAGAAUUCAAAAGUAUAGUGAAGGGGAAAUACAUUUUAAUUUGAUGGCUAUUGUGAGUGACCGAAAAAUGUUACAUGAAAGAAAAAUUGAAACUCUUCAAAAACAACUUGAUGAUAACCCAGAUAAAGAAAAUGUUAAAAAUGAAAUUGCACAUUUGAAAUUGCUAAUUGAAGAAGAAGAGAACAAGAAAAAAUCUUAUCAAGUUGAAAAUAUAAGAAGAAAACACAACUAUAUUCCUCUCAUUAUUGAAUUACUUAAAAUUUUAGCUAAAGAAGGUAAAUUAGUCCCUUUAUAUGAGGAAGCCAAGGAAAAAACAUUGAAGAGACAGAAGACUAAAUAAAUGUUUGUAAAAUUGAAUAUCAAUAAAUAUAAGAAAUAAA